AUGGAAGGGUAUGGCGGUGAGCCCACCUCUGCUACAUAUCACAACAACCACCGCUCCUUCCCACUCUCGACACAUGGCCACCACAUCCUCUCCGAUCCACACAACAACGGUAGCCUGCCCAACCUCCUUCCCUCUUCUCCUUCUUCCGACCCAUCCUACCCUCCCAUCAUUUCACACUUUGACCCGACCACUCGGCUAUUGCACCAGGGCAACAUGUACAGCGGACGAGAGAUCGGCUACAGUCUCAGCGACACCAACCUCCCCGACAAACGGUCGAAGCGAGAUCUUGUUACCGACUGGUUGGAUCAGCAGACUAUUGUCGUCCCCUCUGACAUGGUCGAGGCACCAGAGCACCUCUCCCUCGUCCAGGAUGGUCCUGACAGUAACAUUGCGAACGAUAACGAGCCCUUGCAGCAGUUCCAUCAUCACCAUAAUGCACACCAUCACCAGCAGCAACAACAACAACAACAACAACAGAUACAGCACCAGAGACAAUCGUUCCCAGCACAAUUGGACCCCAACCAACUCUAUCAUCAGCAGUCCAUAAAUAACACUGGUGCUCAGCGGGAGCCUCGCCAACAACAACAGGGCCAACAAGAACAAGAACAAGGACAAGAGCAUUACCCCCGCGUCAUCCAACGCACAAAUGAGCUGUAUCCGGGCUCACGCUCAUCACUUUAUCGGUCCCCCUCUGCGUCGCGGCACAGCAUGGUGGCUCUAGACCAGCAGGAGCAGCAGCAACAAAGCUCAUCACCCUCAUUUUGGCGGGAGUCUCAAUCGCAUCUCCAAUCUCAGCAACAGCAGCAGUUUUCUCCCCACCAAUAUCGUCCUCAAUACCAACACUACCCCCAACAGCAACAGCAACACCCCCAUCCAGCUCACUAUGGUCACUACCAACAGCAAUACGCCCAGACUGCUGCUUCUCCUACUUAUCGCCCUCCGUACGAGCCCGUUGGAUAUGAGGAUCAGGACCAGCAGGACGCCAAUCAUCGUCGGUCGUUGUCGUUGAACAACUCAGGUGGUCGUCGAGUUGGUGGUAGAUCUAGGCCACAGUCGCAAGUCUAUCGCAAGGCGGCACCGGCGAGGUUUGAGAACUUGUCAAUGGCAGAGCAGGCUCGUCAGGAUCAUCAAAUGAGGAGACAGCACUACCAGCAACACUACCAUCAGCACCGUCAACAGCAGCACCAGCAACAACCUCAGCACCAACAUCAGCAUCAGCAGUACUAUCAUGCCCCGGGAUCUCGGCCACAGAGCAUGUACUCAAACGGCUAUGGCGCCGCUGCUUCUCCUCGUGCCUCGACUUCACAUAGAGAGAUGAACCAAUUUGUGCCACCUCGUCACCACCAGGCACACCCUCGUCCUCAUCUUCCUUCGAUUGUGGUGCACCAGCAUCAGCAACAUCGUCAUCCCUCGGAUCUUCGCCACUCGAUCGUGUCGUCUCCCAAGACCAGCAACGUGAGUCGGUCUGCCCAUGAUCUGGCCUGGGAGCGACACUGCUACUACCAACAACAGCAGAUACAGGAGGAUGCCUUAGCGGAGCGCAAGCUGAUCGAGCAGCAGCAACACGCGCAGCAGCAGAAGAGGCCGCAGCGACCAUUGUCGUCGGUCGAGGGUGGACUUCAGGUGCCUCUGCUUCUGGGUUCAUCGUCCCCGGUGGUCAGAACAAGUUCAAUGAGUCGCGUCUCUUCCAUCUCAACAACUGCAGUUACUGGCGGUAAUGCUGCCUCUACAAUCGGAAGGAGAACUGCUGUCGGGAAGGUGGCUCUUGGUUCGUCUGGUCUGUCGCGGUCUGUCUCGACUUCUGCGAUUACGGAUGCAAAAGCGAGAGCUGCCAAGAAGGACAAGUCGAGCCAUCCCAACCUCAAGAAGAGCGGCAAGGAGUUUUCUACGACAGAGAGCGAGACAAAGUCGUCAGCCAUGGAUUGCAAAUUCCUCCGCCUCUUCAGGAGUGACUCGAAGCUAUCGGCGAAAAAGACGGUGUCAGCAAAUACGGAGAGUCCAUCCACAUCAACGCAGGCUCAGAUCGCUUCUUCCAAGGAACAGUCUACGGUUCCUGUUAUUGUCACCAUCCAGCCUCUCGAUUCUAUUACACCAGCUUUAUCACCAGCAACGGCGACAACAGGACUGAAUCGCAGGAGGACCCUGAAGGAUCUUGCGCCUUCGAUCCGAUCCUUGGCCCGUCGAUGCUCAAGUCGUUUCAGUAGCAACAACUCUUCCAGUCGUCCCAACUCCUUUGCUGGAACCAGCAGUGACCCCAUGAUUCAGUUCGCGGAGGGGAAGGCUCUAGGAGGCGGCAACAACAGUCUCUUGAUGACCACCAGCUACUUGCCCCUCAAGUUGUCGUUGACCUCCCUCCCACGCUCGUUGGUGCCUGGACCUGAUGGCAUUGUCGAUCUUCAGCAGGCUGCUUCGCCAUCAUCGUCUUCUUCUUUGUCGGUGAAGUACUUCCCUCCAGCGUCUGCCAGCACCCCUUCCCUCUCCUUGUCGGACAUGCUACCAUCUCCUCCUCAAAAGGAACAGCAGGAGCAGCGUGUUCCUAUCCAUCGCAAGGUGACGCUCUUCCGAUCAAAGACCUUGUCCCUGGCCAAAUCUUCUCUCCGACUCACUUCACCCCCUCCUACUUCCCACGCCGACGACACAAUUGAUACGACACCUUCCAACGGCAUGACUGCUGCUGAUGACCACGAUGAUGACUAUAAUAACAACAACAGGAACAGUUCUACACGGUCUAACUCUCUCCCAUCUCGCCGUCGACGCCAACGCGACUCGUUGAGACUUGCCAACGGCCAUGGACUCGACUUUGACACCUUCCUCCCACCUACUACUACAGCCUCCAAUGUCACUACGUCUACUUCCGCGGAAGAUGAAGCCAGCGCUGUCGAGAAGUCCACCAACGAUUUGGAGUCUGCCCUGCCUGGCGCCGGUCUUGGCCGGUCCACUGCUCCCCCUGUCCUUCCCGCCAUCGUCACCACGGGAGGUCGCCUUGUGGACAUGGAACAGCAACAGAAAGCGCGACGCCAGAUUAUUUCGUUGUUGGCCAUGGGACGCAAGGGCCGCAUCUCUGCGAAGACUGGUCACAGCAUGAAGAGUGGUAGCAGCACAGCCUCGUCGCCUACGACUCCAACAACUGCCAGUACCCUCGCUACGUCUUUGAGUCAGUUGUCGCCCCUUGCUCUUGAAGCCCAGGAAGAUCUUUUUGUUAGCCCUGCUGCUGCUGAGGGGAAGAAGGGAGGCGAGGAGGACCCGUGUGAGAAGAUCGCGUUUAUGCUUGUCCCCAAGUCGCGGUAUGAGUUCCAACCCCUUGUCGUUGCCUAA